AGUUUUUUCUAAAAGAUGGACUGGCCCAUCUAUGAGAGGAGAAGAAAAGAGAAGAGGCGAGCAGAGGAGAAAAAAGAGAGCAACAGAGUGAAGGAGAGUACGAAGAGGGGCGAAGAAGACCAGAAAAAGAAUUCAAAAGACGCGGCGAUGCAGGGAGACGAAGCAGAUGGAGGUGGCGCCGCCGCCACUGAUGACGGCGUGACUGUCUGCAAUUUCUUCAGGAAACCAUCAAAGGCCAAGAACAUUAGGAAACGAACUGCUUUAGAAGAGGGAGAGGGUGAUGAUGAAGAUUCUAAAGUCGAGAGUUCGGUGGUGUACAAUAAGAAGAAGCUAGCAGCAGCUGACAACAAGCUACACUUUUCUAGUGGGCCGUCGAAGCAUUCUAAAGAGGCUGAAGUGGAGAAACCAAAAGCUUCAGUUUUUGAAUAUGAGUCUUCCAAAGAAAUUCAGGUUCAUAAUGAUAGUAGAGCCACAGCCACUUUGGAAACAGAGACUGAGUUCUCAAGAGAUGCUCGGGCUAUCAGAGAAAGAGUUCUCAAGCAAGCUGAAGAGGCUUUGAAAGGGAAGAAGAAGAGUGACGGUGAGGACAAGUUAUAUAAAGGGUUACACGGGUAUACUGAUUACAAAGCUGGGUUCCGGAGAGAGCAAACUGUUGCCAGUGAGAAAGCUGGUGGAUCCCAUGGACCACUGAGAGCUUCUGCCCAUAUAAGAGUCUCUGCGAGGUUUGACUAUCAGCCAGACAUUUGCAAAGAUUAUAAAGAGACUGGUUAUUGUGGCUAUGGUGAUUCGUGCAAGUUUAUGCAUGAUCGUGGUGAUUACAAGUCAGGUUGGCAGCUUGAGAAGGAGUGGGAGGAAAAAGAGAAGGCACGGGCAAAAAGAAUGGCUAUGGGACUGAAGGAGGAUGAUGAUGAGAGGGGCUCUGAGUCGAGUGAUGAAGAUGAUGAUUCACUACCAUUUGCAUGUUUCAUUUGUAGGGAACCUUUUGUAGAUCCUGUUGUGACGAAGUGCAAACACUAUUUCUGCGAGCAUUGUGCAUUGAAGCAUCAUGCAAGAAACAAGAAGUGCUUUGUGUGCAAUCAGCCAACGAAUGGGAUAUUCAAUACAGCCUUUGAGAUACGCAAAAGAAUGGCUGCUGAAAGAAAAUAACGGGUCAAAUGUAUACCACAAGAACCAUGUCUUGGAGAGUCUGUUUGUUUUAUCUUUUCGAUGUAAUCUCUUUGUUAGUACUAAUUUUCUUUUUUGACACGAGCAUUGUAUUUUUGAUUGCUCAUUGUUUCAUAUGAAAGAACCGUAAAAGUUCUACUCCUGAUG